CGCGAAGAGUCGGGCCUGGGGCGCGCAUUAUGGCUACCUUGGUGGAUGAAGCCAUGGAAAGCUACGUGUAUCCUUCCUACAACCCUUAUUCCUACCGUUACCAGCCGCCCAAAGGCAAAAGAGGGCCGGGUCCUUGGCGGCAGCGGGGCGGCUACUUCUCCGGUUAUGGCGAGACAGCGGCUGCGGCGGCCGCGGCCGCGGAAUACUUCGACAACUAUCAGCGGGAGCAGCUAAAAGCCAUCCUGUCGCAGGUGAACCCCAACCUGAUGCCGCGCUUGCGGAAAGCCAACACCAAGGAGGUGGGCGUGCAGGUCAACCCGCGCCGAGACGCCUCGGUGCAGUGCUCGCUCGGGCCGCGGCCGCUGCUGCUGCGCCGUCGAGCGGCCGGCGCCGAGCAGGAGCAAGGCAGCUCGGUUAGCGGCAGCGUCCGUGCGGUGCGCUUCCCCAGGACCCUGGCCGUCUAUUCGCCGGUGGCCUCGCGUCGCCUCACCACCUUCCUCGAGGAGCCCGAGCCUCAGGAGCCGCUGGCCCAGCAGCAGGCAACCGACGAAGAAGCGGGCGCUGCUCUGCCCGCCAAACCUCAGGAACAGGCGCCGCCAGAGGAGAAGCGGGAAGCUGACAGCGAGUUCCAGGCCGCUGGGAAAUCCGCGGCGCAACAGCAGCCUCAGGAGGACUCCGGGCAGAAUAAGGUCCGCGUGCGUUUCCAGUUCCUAGAGCAGAAGUAUGGCUAUUACCACUGCAAGGACUGCAAUAUCCGUUGGGAAAGUGCCUAUGUAUGGUGUGUGCAGGGCACAAACAAGGUUUACUUUAGGCAGUUCUGUCGAACUUGCCAGAAAUCCUACAAUCCCUACCGUGUGGAGGAUAUUACCUGCCAAAGCUGCAAGCAGACAAGGUGCACAUGUCCUGUGAAACUGCGCCACGUAGAUCCCAAGAGACCCCAUCGUCAGGAUCUGUGUGGAAGAUGCAAAGGCAAACGUCUCUCUUGUGAUAGUACAUUUAGUUUCAAAUACAUUAUUUGAAAAAGAUGAUAGUGAAAGAAUCUCCAGUAUAAAAUUGCAAGUAGCAGAGAUCUUGUUUGGAAGUAGCAGGCUGCAGCAAUGGAAAGCCUGCCAAUAAAGCUGUGGUAAAGCAAUUGCAAGUCAUAAUGCAACCUAAU